ACUAUCUAUGAAUUAAUCUUUUAAAGGCUUGGCACGCUGAGACUUAAAGUGCUGUAAAUUGGCAAAACGAAUUAAAAACGCUUUAAGUAUAUUUCAGAAUUAGGAUUGUUUUAAUUUAAGAAAGUCAUUCAAUUCGCAUAUACCUCGCAAUAUGCGCAAACGCUUAAAUACGCCGCAGUUUGCUCCUUCUCGCAUACCGUAUUUAUUACCGGUCAAGCUAGCUUACUGCGUUACGCUUUACAGCAACGAAACAACAGACAAUAGUUCGUUUUCCCAAUUUAUAUUGUUAUAUCGUUUGCGCAAAUUAUAUUUUCUUCUGGCGGCAAUCGACAACAAUUGCUCGAUGACGCAUUCAAUCAAAUGCACACGUAAACGCGACUUUACUAGAUUAUCGCUCCUUAUUUGUUAUCUGAACGUCUUUGUGCAUUGUUGUUACCUUGACCUGCGUUAAUGAACAGUCACAGAAGUUGCACGUCAUUCACCAAUAUUUGCUGUUGGAAAACAUGGUGGUCGAUCUUUGCCAGCCACACUUCAAUACGAGCAUAAGUUGCAAUAAGUUGUGUGCAGAUGGUUACGAUGUCACAAACCUUAUAUCAGCGGAUCCUACUGUGCAAAGGCGGGGCUUCAAGCUGGAGUACUUUUUACGUCCUCCUGUGCAGGUAACGUUAAGGUUCGGCUUCCGGGUGGAGCUGUGCAGAAUAGAUGUGGAGCUAUGGCCUUGGGGCAUGGACCGAGGACAGUGCAGCAAGAGACUGGAGAUCAGCACCAGCUCUGAUCCGCUUACUCCUCGGAAUUUUGGCCAGGAUCAGUUUAAAAAUGGCCUCCGGGAGGAGCAGAAGAGCAGAAAGCAAGAGGAACCCCGUCAAGCUCGUCAGUCGAAUGGCCAUCAGUGGACUCUCCAGGCUCAAAGGUGGGGUGGGAAGGCUCCAGAUGUGUCUCAGCAAAAGCCUCAGACUCAAUCAGGCAGUUCUGAGCAAGACUUUAAACUGGUGGGCCGUUGUGAGCUCAAGGAGGAAACCAAAGUUAGUUUCUCCCGUCCUCCUUUUCAACUGCGGCCCCCCUUUGUGCGCCCGCCUCCUCCUCGGCCCAGCGACAGUCGGCAAGAAGAACUGUGGAGCCGAGGACACCUUUCCUUGACUUCCGUCACGCAGCUCCGCGUGACACUGCCUUUCGGCGGCUCGGCGUCCGCUCUGGGUCUCAAGGCUUUGGCGGUUUGGGGGCUGCCGGCUCGUUGCUGCCCCCCGGAGGAAGUUGAGAGGAUUGAGCACGCCCACAAAGCCAGUCAAAGAUCACGAUGCGGCCAUGUCCCAGCAACUGUCAAUCAAAUCAAGCAGUCCUGCUCAGACACACCGAGCGCAGAAUGUCUCAAUUCAAUCCCAGAGGAGUUCCUUGACCCCAUCACCCAGGAAGUAAUGUCGCUUCCCAUGCUCCUCCCAAGUGGCGUGUCAGUGGACAGCACCACCCUGGAGGAGCACCAGAAACGGGAAGCCUCGUGGGGGAGACCAAGGAGCGACCCUUUCACCGGCGUCCCCUUCUCCGCCACCUCCCAGCCACUCCCCAAUCCUCAGCUGAAAAGACGAAUCGACCACUUCGUCCUGCAGAACGGCGGCGCGAGGAGGGACGGGAUGACAGGGAGAAGUGGGGAGACAGAAAAGCCAAACGCCUCCAGGUUGAUUGGCUCUUUGGCGGCAAAUAUAAUAGAGGACAACGUAACGGGACAGUCGUCAGAUUCUGGAAACAUUCCAUCCGACUCGAAGCUUUACAACAAAAACACAGCGCUAAAUCGUAACGGCGGGAGGAAACGACACCUGAGUGGAUCAGAGGCAGCUGUGCCACAGCUACUACCUCAAGCCAAACAACCAAGAAGUCACACAACACCAGGGCCAAGCAGCAGCAGCAGCAGCAGCGGUGGCUCGCAUGAGCAACAUCUGUCAUCCAGCCUGGAUGAUGCCCUCAUAGCCGUCUUAAAGGGGAGACCCUCCUUUACGUCAAACUUAUCCACGCGGGGGACUGGCGCUCCUCCCACCGGGUCAGUGGAGGCCUCAACUGUACGACAGGCUACUGCUGCAGGCGAGAGGACGUGCUCAUCUUGUUCCUGCGCGCUCUCCCCAUACUCGAUGCCGGCAUCACCAGUUUACCGGCUCCUCUGCGGCCACUUGCUGUGCCGCCCCUGCCUCCAAAGUAACUCGGCACCUGCGCUCAACUCCAUCACCACCACCACAUCCUCCGCCUGCUUCCUGUGUGCAACCUGCCGAACCCCCUCGUCUCGCAGCGACAUCCUCCGCGUGCAUCACUAGCCUGCCCGGAGACAGUACAAGGCGGAGGCACGGAAACGGUGUUUGUCCUUGUUCAUCGCUACGUUCUCAGGCGUACAGAGGACGUCAAGAAGUAUUGCGUAAAACUGUUGAGGCGAAAAAAAAUAGAUGAUUGUCCUCUUCUUUCUCUUUUUCUAGUCCAUUCAUUGAACACUGCAGCCUUGGUUCAGGCACCUUGUGGACACACAAAGGGGCUUGAGGAUAGUGAAGCGUCACCAGGGUCUAAAUGCACAAAGAUGAAAGCACGGAGGCUGAGGCUUCACAAGAUGUUGACCUUCUCAUGCCGCACAUCCUCCAUUGGACAUUUCAACUGCUAUUUUGGACAGUUGGAAGAAUAAAUGCGGAAUUUAGGUCAAUUGCAGAAAUUAAAUCCGAUUUUAAGAUCUAAUGAUUUUGGCCAUUUUGUGCUGACAACCACUCCACAGGUAUGCCGUGUCUGUCCUCCUUCAGAGCUGCCACCGAGCGUGCAAAAAGAUGCAGUCACAAAAGACUUGUAUAUUACAACCACGUUGACAAACAUGUUGGUCUCCAUGACAACAUCAAGUAUAAUCAAGGUUGUGAUCUUGCAUCCGCUCUUGGAGAGCUGCAUGCAAAAUGGUGUCUUAUAAGAACAAUAAUAUAACCUGAGCUUUCUUUUGUUCAAUGUAGUAAAUAAAUAUUCAACCUUUUUAUAUUUUA